AUGGGAGCUGUGGAAGUCCAACCAUCACGCGCGUCCACAAGCGAACGACCAUUGGAGGCAUCUGGGAUUGAUCAAUUGCAUGUCGAGGACAAUGGCUCUUUCAAAGCUCCUCGCACAAAGUUUCGCAAGGCCGCGAUCAUUACCGCACUUUACCUCGCUCUCUCGAUCGCGGCCCUGGAUCACACGAUUCUCGCAACGGCAAUACCAACAAUCACCUCUCAGCUUCGUUCCGCCAGCGGCUAUUUCUGGAUCGGCAGCGCCUAUCUACUCGCAGUAUCUGCCAGCGGACCAAUAUGGGCCAAGUUCAGCGACAUUUUCGGCCGGAAGCCUGCCAUACUUGGUGCUGUGACGCUGUUCGGAGGGGCGAGCAUAAUUGCAGCACUAUCGACGUCUGUGAAUAUGCUCAUUUCCGCAAGAGCCCUGCAGGGCACCGCCGCGGGUGGAUUGUUCCAGAUGGUGAACAUUGUCAUCAGCGACAUCUUCAGCAUGAGGCAGAGGACAUUCUAUCUGGGCUUCGCGAACGUUGUCUGGGGACUCGCAGGUGGUACGGGACCAUUGAUCGGCGGUGCGUUCACGCAGUACGUGAGCUGGAGGUGGUGCUUCUGGAUCAAUCUUCCUAUUUGCGCUUGUAGUCUGGUCCUCCUCACCAUAUUCCUCGACGUCCACAAUCCUCGCACGCCCAUCCUUUCUGGUCUCGCAGCGUUUGACUGGCUAGGCACGCUUUCGAUCAUCUCGAUUGUAGUCAUGCUCCUGCUCGGCCUAAACUUCGGAGGUGUCUUCUUUCCAUGGAACUCGGCUACGGUCCUCUGCCUAAUUACAUUCGGCGUCGUCAUGAUCGGAGUCUUUAUCGUCACUGAGAAGAGAUGGGCCCAAUACCCUCUCAUACCAUUCGCCAUCUUUCGCAAUCGCGGGACGGUCGCCGCCUUUAUGGUCACAUUCUUCCACGGCAUGGUGUUCAUCGCUGUUUCGUACUACUUGCCGCUGUACUUUCAAUCAGUCAAACAAGCUUCGCCACUGCGCAGCGGAGUUCUGAUCCUACCAAACGUGGUACCGGAGGCGUGUAUGGGCGUCGUGAAUGGAGUCAUCAUGCUCAAGACUGGCCACUAUCGCGAGAUUAUCUGGGUUGGUUUGGCAUUGUUGACCUUGGGGACUGGACUCUAUGUCCAGUUCACUCCGGAUACGCCGAUAGCAGUCAUCGUCGGAAUGCUGAUCAUCGGCGGCGUCGGAUCCGGCUGUCUCUUCGAAGCACCCCUCGUCGCUGUACAAGCAAUGACUAGCCAGGACGAUACCGCAACCGCGACAGCAGCUUUUGGCUUCACGCGAAACCUGGCCACUGCCAUGUCAUUGGUACUCGGAGGUGUCGUGUUCCAGAACGGCAUGAAGAAGAGAGCCGGUGACUUGGUUCGAGCCGGACUUAGCAACGACCUCGUCGAAGCCUUUUCUGCCGGUAAGGCCGCUGCCAACGUGGAUCUGAUUGGAGGCAUCACAGACCCAAUGCAACGAGCAGCAGUGGAGGACGCAUUUGCGUGGUCGCUGCAUAACAUGUGGAUCAUGUACUGCGUCGUGGCAGGCGUGGGAUUUUUGGCGAGUCUGUUCAUCCAACACAACCAUCUCAGCACCGAGCACACGGAGACCAAGACCGGGUUGAAAGAGAAGCGUGAGGUCGUGAAUGAGGCAUAG